GGCCAGCUCAGCCCAGAGGCUGCAGCAGACGGGAUGGUGGCUGUCACUCAGACAGGCCAGGAGGAGUGCGCUGGCCUCUGCAGAGCAGGCCCUUCGCGGGGAUGCCAGUGUCGCCAGCAGCAACGGGGCCCAGCAGAGAAGGCCGCGGCAGACAGCGAGCUGGACCCACACCCGGAAGAGGAGCACGUCCAGGCGGACUCGGAGGCACUCUUUGGUGCUGGGAACGGAGGCAUUGUGAGUCCCGCGCCAACCCCGCGCUGCUCGCUGCAGGACCUGCCUCCAGAGCUGCUGGUGGAGAUCUUUGCCUCGCUCCCCGGCACAGACCUGCCCAGCCUGGCGCAGGCCUGCACCAAGUUCCAUCGCAUCCUGCGCACCACCGACAGCAUCUGGAGGCGGCGCUGCCGGGAGGAGUAUGGCGUGGGUGAAAAUGUGCAGAACCUGGCGAUCAUGGGUGUGUCUUAUCGGGAAGUCUAUGCAAAGCUGCUCCACCCUUACAGACACAUUUUGGGGUUGUGGCAGCCAGAUGUCGGGCCCUAUGGAGGACUGUUGAAUGUAGUGGUGGACGGCUUGUGCAUUAUUGGUUGGAGGUACCUGCCUCCCCAUUACCCGCAUGUGAAUGACCCAGUGCAAAGCAAGCUCUCAUUUAGAAUUCACCUGACAGAGAGGAAAUCGGACGUGGUGGAGUGCAUGCACGGCUGCAGAGGGCCCCACAGCGGCCACAUCCAGAUGCUGAAGGACGAGUUCUCCACCCAGUGCAACCUGACGGACCACCACAUGAUGCCUGGCGGGAGGCAAGAGGAAUUACAAGUGUGGCUGAGGGAAGAGUGGGGGCGGACGCUGGAGGACAUUUCCCAGGAGUCUUGGAAGCAGCUCCUCCUGAUGAAGUUCAUCUAUAGUCAGUGUGACAACUGCCUGACCCGCCACCGCGUCUACCUUCCGCCCAGCCACCGAGACGACCUCAUCAGGCCAGGCCUCUUCAAAGGCACCUACGAUGUCCACGGCAUAGAGAUUGUCAUGCUCAGCUUCCACGGGAAGUAUGCCAGGGCCACGAAGAUCACGGGUGACCCCAACAUCCCUGCCGGGCAGCAGACGAUAGAAAUCAACCUCAUGCACCGCAUCCAGCUGCCUGUUGACCAGAACCUCAGCAACUUCAACGAGCUCUCCCGCAUCGUCCUGGAAGUUCAUGAGCAGGUGAGCCUGGAGCAGCAAGAAGACAGGACGGGGGACAGUGAAGGCCAUGGCUGGCAGAGCCCUGCCCAGCCCAAUGUUGGGCCACCCACUGAGGUCAGGGAGUCCUGGGCUGCAGCUUUGCAGGAACAGCCUGUCCAGAUGGUUCUGCCUGUGGACAUGAGCUCACCUAAUGAGGACUUCCCCCGAACCUGCAGGAUGUGUUUCUAUGGCGUGGGCCAUGUUGCCCACCAUGGCUUUAUCAACCCCGAGCACAUCCCUGGGCUCUUCAUCCUGUUCGAUGAGGACCACUUCGGGUUCAUCUGGCUGGAGCUGAAAUCGCUCAGCCUUUACAGCAGAGUCCAGGCCUCGUUCCAAAAUGCAGAGGCACCAUCCCCACAGGCCUUUGAGGAGAUGCUCGAGAGCAUUCAGUCCCUGACCUCCUGAUGACCCCGCCCUUGCCCAGGGGCAGGCAGCAGCGGGCAAGGGCUCUGGACCACCAGGGAAGAGCAGCAGCAUACACUUUGGAGAUUUGACCUUCUGACCAGAAUACCCUCCUUCUUAUAGGUGUCUGGGUCCAGUCACCAAGACACUUUCUUUUAAGUGUUC